AUGGUGUACGAAUCAUUGAUCGAUGUUCCUCACAACGUCAAGGAGGGCAUCGACUGGUUGGUGGCCCUGAAGGGAGACGAUGGUGACGAACACUUGGCGGCAUUGGGUGAGGCAAUUCACAAGUAUCUCUCAUACAACUUCAAAAACAACCCUGAGCUAGCCAAGAAGUUGCCAUCUCUCGAGCAUGUAAAGCUUAUUUCCAUGGGGUUCAUGUGGAAUAAAGAGCUUAGGGGCCUGUGGCCAGCUAAAGAUGUGCUGGGGAACUUCGUUAAGGCUAUGGAUAAAAAACCCUCUUAUUUCGUCAAUGCCAUGGGUUCGAAUCCGGCAAAAAUCACGAAGAACUUGACUAAAUUCUUUGGUGGUUGUGAGAAGUUCUUGGAUGAGAUAAAACACCCUGCCACGUAUGAAUCUGCUUACAGUUCAAAAGCGACUUGGGAUGCGUCGUGUUCAGAAAUCCCAGAAGCCUGCGCAGCGGUCUUCGUGGGAAUCGCUCCAAUGUUAUAUCUGGGCCUGGAGUCCAUGAGGGAUGCAAGUGCAUCUCAAUCCUCAUGUUGGUGGCCGUUCGGGAAGAAGAAGGCAAAGGUUAACUUUGGUGAAGUAGUGAGAGCCGUGGGGUAUGAUGAUCUAGAUUGUCUCGGUGGAGCCGGUAGUGCAAGUGCUCUCAAGGCUGUUAAGAAUCUGAAUCCGAAUGUAGUGGAUAUCGUCCACGACCUCUGUGGAUUUGAUGCUGUCUAUGAAUCGGAAAAUCCAGAAUCUGUACCAGCAGAAAAAUCAGCUGAACCUGUAGCAGACGGAUCGUCCGUUGAAGGCGAGGGUGAACAGUCUGUUAUCCCUGAAGCUGAACCAACCUUUGAAGGUGAGGGUGAACAGUCCGUGAUCCCUGAGGCCGAACCAUCCGUUGACGGCGAGGGUGAACAGUCCGUGAUCCCCGAAGCCGAGCCAACCUUUGAAGGUGAGGGUGAGCAGUCCGUGAUCCCCGAAGCCGAGCCAUCUGUGGAACCCGCCGGUGAAGAGCCUGUCAUCCCGGAGGCUGAGCCAUCCGUCGAGCCUGUGAAGCCUGAAGUCGAUGACAUUGAGAAACCUGUGAAGGUUGCGAAGGCUGCAAAAGUGGCGAGGUCUGUAAAGGCCGCCAAGAAAGCUGCCAAGAAGGUUUCCAGAAAAGCUCGCCAAAAGAAAGAGAAGAAGCAGCAGGAAUCCGCUGAACACUGA